AUGAUGCAAACCAUGUUACACCGUUUCAGUACACAUCCCAAUCCAGCAAAACCGGUUAAACAGUCUACAUCUAAGGACACUGUUGCCGCAAGCAUCCGUGAAUUCCUGUACGACCCCGAUACAGGAACUAAAUUCGAUUCCUGGUUCAAACGUUGGGAAGACGUAUUCCGUUUUGAAUUCUCAGAUGCUGAUGAUGGUUGGAAGGCGCGACUACUGCUCCAUAAGCUGGGAACCAAAGAACAUGAUCGUUACACCAACAUGAUCCUGUUCAAACGUCUACGUGAUUUCACUUUCGAAGAAACGGUCCAACAACUUUCAGACAGGUUUAGUGAACAGGCGUCUUUGUUCAGUAUCCGGUACCGCUGCUUCAAAUUGGUGAAAAAUGAUACAGAUGACUAUCUGACACUAGCCAGCAUUAUGAAUCGGGUGUGCGAGAAAUUCAAGUUGCGUUCCAUGACUGAUGACCAAUUCAAAUGCCUGAUAUUUGUGUGCGCACUCCAGUUUCCCCUUGACGCAGAAAUCCGCACUAGUUUACUAAAUCGCAUCGAACAAGAUCCUAACAUCCAUCCACGGACAUUAACAGACAAAUGUCAGCGGCUCGAGAACCUCAAACAUGACUCAGCCAUCGUUGAGCAACGCAGCCCGGCUACAGCUUCAUCCAAUGUCCAUGCUGUCACA